AUGGACGAAUUCCAUGCCGAUUUUGGUGGGUUUCUGGGCCCAAAUCAUUCUGUCUUGUUUACCCUACCAUUUCAUGAGAACAAGCGGCGGGGAUUGAUCUUAGAUCACCAAAUCACGAUAUACUAUCAAGACUGGGAUGAAAGACCACCCAAGACCAACCAAUCCAUUCAGCAUGCUGUAAAGGCCUGCCACGGUAUGCGAGUACCUUACAACCUAUGCGGAGAUUAUGUUGCGAUGAGUGGCAGGCGCGGGGACCCAUCAUCCGAAUACCUUGAUAUAGAUUGCGCUGACUUUCGACACAUCCUGGACUACUUCAGCACAUAUUUUGAUGAAACUAUCCGCGAAACACCCAGUGGCGGCUCUGUGAGGGCUGUUCAAAUUAGCUGCCCCCUUGAGCAGAAGCUCAAGGGCUGUGGACAGUUUCAAUCGGUAGUUGUCGAUCGUGAUUUCCCAAGCACUAAACUGAUUUCGGACCUGUCAAUGGCACUUGAAGAUCCGAUGUGGAUAUGCGAGAUCGAUCGUGACGAACUGAGUGAUGGAAUCAAGCUACUGGAUGAACUACCGGAGGAUCCUUGGAGAAACCUCCAUGCUGAAGCUCUAGCCACUGAUAUAGACGAAAAAUCUGACAGUUGGGGCAUGCCUCUCAGGUCCCAUUGGCGCUUCGAUGGGAGCAUCAUAGUCAUGCGGAGACAUGGGAAGGAUCUGGAUGUCGAAUGGGUACAGCACAUAUGCGCUUAUUAUCUCGAGGUUCUUCGACCGCUCUUUGCAAUGUCACUUUCUGGAGAAAUAUCGCGCGAGGGUGUCCUGGCAGAGGUUACACGUGAGAAAAUAAUUGCAUGGAUAUCGGUAAAGACACCAGGAGACUUUACGAAUCUCGGGCCUCAACGUGCAUUUGUUAAGAGCCUGUGA